GAGCUGCCGGUUUUCAACGCAUUGAUCUUUAAGGAGCCGCAUCACACAGAGAAGUCGCAUGAGAGCCGGAAAUGAGGGGCACCCGGAUCGCCCUCUCAGGAAAUUUGACAGCACAUGCGCAAAUCUCAUCGCCAGCCUCGCCUUUGAAGCGACCUCCCGCCGGCAGAGGGCGAAGCUCAGCAACCGGGACUCAGUGGGCGCGAACGGCUGGGGAUUGCGCACGCGCACAAUUCUCCCCCUUCUCCCUCCCCCAUCCAUCCCUCUCCACAAAGCCAUGGCGGAGUCCCCGACUCUGAAGAGGAAACGUGAAGAAAAAGAGAGUAAGAACGGGACGGCCGAGUCCCCAAAGGAAGGCGCCACCGCCACUGGGUUCACUUUGACGGACCUCUCAGUGCGGAGGGUGCUCAGGGAGUCUGCGCGGGACAAGACCAUCUUCCUCCAUGGGCAGGUGAAGAGUGCGUCUGGGGAUGGGACUGACGCCGUGGUGAUUUUGGAGAAGACCCCCUUCCAGGAGGAGAACAUUUCUGAGCUCCUUAAAAAACACACAAAGCUGAAGCUUCAGAUGUCCAAUGACAUCUACAGCACCUACCACCUCUACCUUCCUCCAGAACUCAAUGAGAUAAAGACAACUGUAGUGUAUCCAGCAACGGAGAAGCAUCUUCAGAAAUACUUGCGUCAAGAAGUGUAUCUUAUCCAGGAGACCGGGGCCGAUUACAAGACCAUUACACUGCCUUUUAUAGAAUCGCAGAGCUUCAGCAUUCAGUGGGUUUAUAAUAUCCUGGAGAAGAAGGCUGAGGCCGACCGAAUAAUCUACGAAAACUCGGAUCCCGCCCAUGGUUUUGUUCUCAUUCCUGAUUUGAAAUGGGAUCAAAAGCAGCUGGACGAUUUGUACUUAAUUGCUAUCUGCCAUUGCCGGGGAAUAAAGUCACUAAGGGACCUUACUGCUGAGCAUCUUCCUUUACUGAGGAACAUCUUGAAGGAAGGGAAGGAGGCCAUAGUGAAGCGCUUUGGGAUUGCUGGGGCCCGGCUGCGGAUCUAUCUGCAUUACCAGCCGUCUUACUAUCACCUCCAUGUCCAUUUCACUGCCCUGAGCUAUGAUGCUCCUGGAAUCUCCGUGGAGCGAGCCCACCUCCUCUCUGAUGUGAUAGAUAACCUGGAACUUGACUCCCACUACUAUCAGAUGCGCACCCUGACCUUUGCUCUCCGAGCUGAUGAACCUCUGCUCAAGAAAUUCCAGGAAGCUGGUCGAGUUUGAACUCUUUGGUGGAGACUUCUGGAUUAAGUGUAUUGACAUUUCCUCGGGAUAAUUUUAUAUUGUCUUUUAAAAGAUGUUUUCCUUAUGGUUUUGUAAGGCUGGGAUUUCAUUUCCCAUCUGUUGUGCUUAUAUCAUUUUUCUAUUAAUAAAUAGCUGUGUCCAGCUGCAUUAUUCAUUA